AUGAAUCCUGUGAACUCGGAUCUCAACUUAUACCGCUCGAGCAAACCCAAUCAUAACGACUUUUCGCCAGAUGCAAUCCGUUGGCGAAUCCGUGCUGCCCACGAGCACGCGAACGUGGCCUUCACAACUCAGUCAACCAAUCCUCAAGAGGCUAUAUCUGAGUAUAAACGCCGCUAUCGGCGCGACCCUCCCUCUGGUUUUAGCAAUUGGGUCCAGUUCGCCCUUGACCAUGGCUCGAAAGUGAUUGACGAUUUCGACGAAAUCCACCGCGACCUUGAGCCGUUUCGGACACCUGAAGCUCAACGUUGGUUUCAUCAACUCAAUAAUCGGAAGGAGGAUUGGGCCAAUACCCGCCGUGUUAUUAUAGAGAAUGGAGCGAUAAAUGCCUCGUCGUCCGACGGAUUUUGGAAUAGGCUGGUUACCCCGUUCCUCCAUGCUCUACCAAAUAAUAGUGUCUUUUAUAUAAACACUCUCGACGAGCCACGGGUCUUAAGCCGUCCUGGACCCCCACCAGAUCAAAUCAAGUUUGCCGAAUCUGCCGGUCAAUCGAUUGAAGACCUUGUGAAGGCCUCAUGUUCACAAAUUCCACGUGAACUUACUGGUCAUUUGGACCCCGAGAAGGACGUCUGCCAGUUCUCUACGCCUGGCAAACUCCAUUCGAUGAUUGCAUCUCCCUCUUCUUUCUCAUAUACUUAUUCACUCCUUCCAAUUUUGAGCUAUGCUCGAAUGUCUGCAUUCAGGGAUAUCUUAAUACCAUGUCCCGACUAUGUUCGACAGCCUGUGUUAGAUUCUGAUAAUCUUAUCCCUUUCUUGGAGAAGAAAGCAGGCGUUUACUGGCGGGGAAGGUCUACUGGGGGGAGGGUCCAACGACUAUAUUGGAAGGAUGGCCAUCGACAACGAUUUGUAUCAUUCACACAGUCACUUCAAAAUGCGGCCAAGUCGAUCGACACUAGCCGGUACUUCGGCGCCAAAAUCGGGAAUCUGGAUCAGAAGAAGAUUUCACUCUUCAAAGACGUGUUUGAUGUUCAGAUGGCAGACUAUAUUCAGUGCGAAGAUAAGUCUGCAUGUGACGAUAUGCAGCGAGUUCUCGGCCACGAAUAUGGAGAACCAGGGGAAUCAUCUCUUAACUACCGAUAUCUAUUCGACCUCGAUGGAAACAGCAUGACGUCCCGCUUUUACCGUCUUCUUUCUCAACAAGCCGUCGUUCUAAAACAGACGUUGUUCCAAGAGUGGCAUGAUGACCGUCUCAUCCCAUGGGCUCACUAUAUUCCGGUCACAAUGAGUAUGGACGAGCUUCCUGAGCUACUCAAUUUCCUGAUUAAUGACCCCGAGGGUGAGCAACUUUCACUAAAGAUUGCGCAAACAGCAUCCACAUGGUCUCGGCAAGCUCUCCGUGAGAUUGAUAUGUCUAUCUAUCUUUAUCGGCUUCUGUUGGAACUAGCAGAGAUAUUUGGCCCCGUGGACCCGUUACAGCCAGGAUAUAGAGCCGUAAUGGAGCCUCAUACUUAA